AUGUCGUGUCGGGAAUCGGUGAGGGGUAGGCGGAUUUUAUUGGAAAAAAUAGAAUGGAUUGAAGAUGAGACCAGCGGUUCGAUAGAGUUCAAUUGGUCGAUAUGUUGUCUCUUGCCAUCGGCAGCUGCAGCGGUUGAUGGAGGGAGAAAGAAAUCUAUCUAUCUGUCUAUCUAUCUAUCUAUCUAUCUAUCUAUCCUAUCUAUCUAUCUAUCUCAUCUAUCCAUCUAUCUAUCUAUCUAUCUAUCUAUCUAUCUCAUCUGUUCAUGUUCAUAUCUAUCUAUCUAUCUAUCUAUCUAUCUAUCUAUCUAUCUCAUUCGGUCCACAUAUAUCUAUCUAUCUACCUACCUAUCUAUCUGUCUAUCUGAUUCUGUUCAUAUCUAUCUAUCUAUCUAUCUAUCUAUCUAUCUGAUUAUCUCAUCUAUCUAUCUAUCUAUCUAUCAUAUAUCUAUCUAUCUCAUUCGGUCCACAUAUAUCUAUCUGUCUACCUACCUAUCUAUCUGA